CCCGACUCCCUAGAUUACUAUGGGAUCGGUAGGGUCCUGAGCGUCGGAGAAGCAAGAAAGCAUAGCCCACGAAGAAGGGCCUGAACUCAGAAGAAAAUCGAGAUCUGCUGGGGAUUUUUUUUUUUUGGUCUUGGUUGUGCGAGGGAGGAAGAGAAAGUUGUGAGGCCCGGUCGAAAGUGAGGCAGCGCGAAGGCCCCCUCAGGCGGCGCCGAGGGCAGCCCCGGCAGCCGGGGCCUGGUGCAGGCGCCGCGGCCGCUGUCAGGGAAGCGCAGGCGGCCAAUGGAACCUGGGAGCCGCCGCUGCUGCUGAGGCGGCGGUGUCGGCAGCCCGACCCCGACCGCCCGCACCCCCUCCGCCGGGGUCCCCCGGAGCCCCGAAUCUUUCCCAAGGCCUCCGCCUUUACCCCUUUUCCUAUUUUGUCCCUUUCCUCCGAUGUCUCUAUGCCACCCCAGCACUGGGUUCCUUUUUCCCUGAUCUAAAGAUUGUGGCCCUCUCUUCCUCUGCUGCUUCUGAUUCCGUUACCUCACUGCCACCCACCCAGCUCCUGGCUUCCAAGAAUUGUCUAUUCCCUUCUCCCGAAGGGAUCUAGGCUCUUACCAUCAUUCCCAAAGUACUACUUACAUUCUCCUUUGACCUUAAGCCUUACCCUUCUUCUCUGGAGUGCUUUAUGAUUCCUGUAACUUUCUUUAACUUCCCUCUACCCUUCCUCAAUUCCCCCAACCUCUGGAGGUUUGUUCCUGUAGAAGAGAGAUCUGACAGUGCCCCUUCCCAUUCAGGAUUUCCAACUUCGACACCUCCCUCGAGUUUCAAGGGUUUUGCUGAGCCUUGUGACACUUGGUUCUGUUUUCCCUAUGGUCUUUACCUUUACAAACCACUUAUUUCUGGAUCAGCUAAACCUUGAGCUAAGAAGAAAAUGUGUUGGGAGGAGGGGGAGCCUCAGCUGUCUCAGGCUUUUCUCUGGACAGAAGGGUGUUUCUGAAGGAUGGAGCAAGUUUAAAAGAAGUUCCUAUCAGAUUACACUUUGUUGGAGGAACGAACAGUCCUGCAUGGAAACUGAAUGAGGUUGUGAGAAAUUUUGUUUUGGAUUAUUUAAUUUUAGGCUUGUCUUAAAGGGAUCACAGAAUAGAGUCUCCUCCCACUCCUAAGAGGAAUCAGUUUACUGUCUGUGGCUUCACUAGAAUGGUUUUGGUUGAUUCCUUAAGAGUUUAGGCCUGGAGUGGGGUUGGUCAGGGGGUAACUGGGAAAAGGAACAUGAGACAGUGGAAAGAGCUUGUAUAUUCAGAAUCAGGACUCCUGAGUUCAGCAUGUGACUUCCUCACUUGACCUUUAGAGUGACUUUUUUUGGGAAAAUGGUCCGCUCUGUAGGCAUCAGUGCAGUAAUAGGCUUAUAGCAGGAUGUGGGUUGGGGGAAAAAAUUAGACUUAAUUAUUUGUUUACAAAACAUUCUGGGUUCCUCAGGCACAAGGUAUUUAUGAGUAGUGAUUUAGUUGUUCUGAGAAUUUUCUUUCAUUCUGGUCUCUCUGUUGGGCCUUUCUAGUCUUACAACCAUGGGAGUAAAUCAGUUUGAAGGACAAGCUCCAGGCCAGCUUCUUUCAUCUGCCUUGCCUUCUUCCCCCACUGCUGUAAGUUGCUGACCACCUUUGCUGUUCCUCUUGUACUUGAGCCAUAACUCCAGAUUCUGUACAUGGAAAGUAUGUUUGUGGGAAAGUCCUUUGAAGAAACUGGCUGGAAAAGAAAACUUGGAGUGAGUUAGGCCUUAGGAAACUAGUUGCUUCCUUGUAUGCCAUGUCUCUUGGCCUGCGUUAGCGAAGAGAGCAUAUGAAGUUCCAUUCAUCUUCCUACUCCACGCCUGUUUGAAAGUAAUCAUGCUGCCUCAUCCCACUUCUCCCUUUGUCUCCCUCCUCGUUAGCCAGUGUCCAAUCUCAUAAUUCCACUUUUUAGGAGCAGCUUCACUCCUUGGAAGCACCCCCAAAGAGAAGUCAUAUUUCCCCUAGUUUCCCUGCUUCCUUCUCAGAGCUGGGUCCACACUGCACAAGAACAUGUUUGUUGAAUGCCAUCUAAAGCAGCAAAUUGAGAUUCUUUGAUUUGGGGAAGAAGUUUGAGAGGGACCUCUCAGUAACUGGCAUGAGACAAGAGAGGGCCUAGUUCAAGUGCAUUUGGAGCUUGCAGCAGGAAGGAACAAUUCAGAGAGAGCCUGGAAGCUCGAAGUCUGGCUGUGGCCAUGGGAGACACGGUAGUGGAGCCUGCCCCGCUGAAGCCAACUUCUGAGCCCACUCCUGGCCCAUCAGGGAACAAUGGGGGCUCCUUGCUAAGUGUCAUCACGGAGGGGGUCGGGGAACUAUCACUGAUAGACCCUGAGGUGGCCCAGAAGGCCUGCCAGGAGGUGCUGGAGAAAGUCAAGCUUUUGCAUGGAGGCGUGGCCAUCUCUAGCAGAGGCACCCCACUGGAGUUGGUCAAUGGGGAUGGUGUGGACAGUGAGAUCCGUUGCCUGGACGAUCCACCCUCCCAGAUAAGGGAGGAGGAAGAUGAGAUGGGGGUCACGGUGGCCUCGGGCACAGCCAAGGGAGCAAGAAGGCGGCGGCAGAACAACUCGGCCAAACAGUCUUGGCUACUGAGGCUGUUUGAGUCGAAACUGUUUGACAUCUCCAUGGCCAUUUCAUACCUGUAUAACUCCAAGGAGCCUGGAGUGCAAGCGUACAUUGGCAACCGGCUCUUCUGCUUUCGUAAUGAGGACGUGGACUUCUAUUUGCCCCAGUUGCUUAACAUGUACAUUCACAUGGAUGAGGACGUGGGUGAUGCCAUCAAGCCCUACAUCGUCCACCGUUGCCGCCAGAGCAUUAACUUUUCUCUCCAGUGUGCCCUGUUGCUGGGGGCCUACUCUUCAGACAUGCACAUUUCCACUCAACGACACUCCCGCGGGACCAAGCUACGGAAGCUGAUCCUCUCAGAUGAGCUGAAGCCAGCUCACCGAAAGAGGGAGCUGCCCUCCUUGAGCCCAGCCCCUGACACAGGGCUGUCUCCCUCGAAAAGGACUCACCAGCGCUCUAAGUCAGAUGCCACCGCCAGCAUAAGUCUCAGCAGCAACCUGAAACGAACUGCCAGCAAUCCUAAAGUGGAGAAUGAGGAUGAGCCCGUCAGACUGGCUCCUGAGCGAGAAUUCAUCAAGUCCCUGAUGGCGAUUGGCAAGCGGCUGGCCACACUCCCCACCAAGGAACAGAAAACACAGCGGCUGAUCUCAGAGCUCUCCCUGCUCAACCAUAAGCUCCCUGCCCGAGUCUGGCUGCCCACUGCUGGCUUUGACCACCACGUGGUCCGCGUGCCCCACACCCAGGCUGUUGUCCUCAACUCUAAGGACAAGGUAGGUGGGCUCUGGCCCAAACCAUACCCCUCAUCUGACUCUACUCCUGUCGUUGUCCAGGGUGUGUGUAUGUGCCCAGGGGUGCCCCACCAGCAUCCUAGACUCCCUCCAUAGCUCACGUGCACGUGUCAGCCUUGACUUCACCUGAGUACUGUUGUGAUUCCGAGGGCCCUCCUGUCCCCCUUCUUGGGCUUUGUUUUUCUGGAUCAAAGGGCCUGAUCUUUUCAGCUUGCCUCUUGCCAUGUCUCAGGAGAGAGCCGCUCUCCUCCCCUCCUUACAGUCCUUUUGGUGGCUCUUCUCCAGCCCUUCUAUAACUCUUAGGCUUUCCAGGUACAGCAACAGUGAGAGUAGAGAAAUCUUUGUUUCUAAGACCUUUUCUGAUCACAGUGGGCAGGGAGAAGGAGAGAAUUAGCUAAAUUAGUCUGCUGGUUGAAAUGAGCACUAAUGGUUCAGAUUUUUUUCCCA